AUGAUGUCAACAUUCCCUUGGACGGCCGCAUGGCUCGUUCUUCUCCUUACCGCAACCACGACCUUGGCUGCGGAGACUGAAGAACAGCAAGCAGAAGAACAACAGCAGAAUCUUCGAAGGGAGCAAGAAGUUACAAUUGACGACCCGUUUUGGUUCGAAACCGAGCUCCCUGAAGAUUAUGAUUAUAUUCUCCCCAUGGGAACUGCGAAUGAGAUCCUGGGAGGAACCAGAGUGUCGGCGGGUGUGUAUCCCUACUUUGUGUCUCUGGAAUACAACGGUCAAAUCUACUGCGGGGCAACACUUAUAUCACCAAACAGAGUCCUGUCGGCGGCGCAUUGCUUUUUCACGCGUAGUGGAGCCAUCUUUCUACCGACCAAUAUUCGGGUAGGACACGUUAGCACGACGGAUGGUGAAACCGUGGCACCUUCUUGUGUCAAGAUUCAUCCACAGUACGGACAGGAUCGUCAGGGUCUCUACAGCGAUGUGGCUGUCCUCAAGCUUGCCACGCCCGUAACUACCGUCACGGAAUUUUCCCAGCUCAAUUCAUUUGUUGGCUAUCCCACGGACCAGGCUCAGGGUCUCACGGCCAUUGGAUUUGGCUUGACCAGCAACGGAGGUACGACGUCCAGUCAUUUGCUCCAGACUAGUGAAGCCCAUGACACCAUUGCCAAUUGCAAGGCCAACUGGAAGUGUGCCGAUCAAAAGUAUCAUGUCUGUGCCAACGGCGUCAACUCGGGUACUAAUGGUGUUUGCAAUGGUGACAGCGGUGGGCCACUGUAUGACGCUGCCAAAAAGCAAGUUGGUGUCACUUCCUUUGGUUCUUCGGUGGGCUGCGGAUCCUCGUAUUCUGAUGUCUUUGCGAAUGUUGCUUCGUAUUAUGAUUGGAUUCAGGGGGAGAUUGCGUCGAACCAGUGCAGUUCUGCGCACACAAUGUUCUCGGGCACUCCCUGCAGCGGUGUGGCGGGUUUUUGUGCCGUGGGUCAGAUGUACAGCCGAGUACGCAACUAUUUGUUUGAUUUUUGGGCGUAA